CGGGCAGACAGUCGCGGCGGGGUAAUGUCAAGCUGUCUGGCCAUUCUCUUGACUGAAGUGCGCCAGUGAGGUCUCAUCAGUCACCGCGGCCUGAGUCACUUUCCUGCCGUAACUCGCGGACUUCCACUCACUCUCACUCGUUGCGGUAAAUAUCAAGAUCAUAGCCUGCACUGAUUUGACGUCCAUUCACCCAAAGCAACGAGAUCAGAACUCCAAGAACGCGGUAUUAUUUGAGAUUAUACGAGUCUUGAAGUGCCCUGCAAGUUACCAAAGAGCUGUCCUCUGCCCCUGCACACCUUCCACAACACACACUGCCUCCUCCAAUACUCCAUUCAAGUUUGGUCUGGCUGAAGGGACUGCAGGCACCAUGAGACGCCUCGUGAUGGAGAGAGAACGCCGCUGGUCCAAUCUGCCAAACUUCCCUUAUGCACUCGCUCCUACUGAUGACAAUUUGAGUGAGCGGACCCCCUUGACGAGGCGGAUCAGGAUGACUGGACUCACGGGAGUGGACCGGCGGCCCCUCGUGGACCUGCUGGCGAUGAUAUUCGGCGUGGGCGCGUGGGUGGCCAUCAACGGGAUGUGGGUUGAGCUGCCUCUGCUGGUGUUACACCUGCCCGAAGGCUGGAACCUGCCCUCCUACCUCUCCGUCAUCAUUCAGGUGGCCAACAUAGGACCCAUCGCGUACUCCAUCUUGAGGAGUUUACGGCCCGGCCUGCGUCCCGCUAAAGUUGUGUACGGGUUACUGGCCCUCGGCAGCCUCGCUUCCCUCCUGCUGGCGCUGCUGUGGCACAAAACUUCCUGGAUUCACGGGGUGGAGCACUCCACUGCCCUGCUGUCCUUCGUGUUCUUGCUGGCGUUCGUCGACUGUACAUCCUCAGUACUCUUCCUGCCUUACAUGGCCGUCUGGCGAGAGAUUUACCUGUCAUCGUACCUGGUGGGGGAAGGCCUGUCAGGGCUGCUGCCGGCACUCAUGGCCUUGAUACAAGGAGUGGGAGGGAACGCCAAGUGUGAAAAUAUCACUAUGUUCAACGAGACCUCCGGGUUGAACUACACUCAGCUAGAGCCCGUGACUCUGAACCCAAGAUUUUCCGUCACUGGAUUCUUCUUCUUCCUGAUGGCGAUGAUGGUGGCGAGCAGCGCGGCGUUCACCCUGCUGGAACACCUGCCCAGCCUCAGGAGUGAGCGGGCAGGCUCGCCCUCGCCAAACAACAGUGUAGAAGCGCUGGAGACCUCCCACUCCAACACGCAGCUCAUGACCAACUACGGCGGCGUGAACAAAAUGACAGGAAACAUGACUCCUUCCGUGUAUUGGCUCAUGCUGGCGGGACAGGCGUGGGCUUGCAGCCUCACCAAUGGCGUCCUUCCGUCAAUCCAAUCCUUCUCCUGCGGCGCCUACGGGAACGUGGCCUUCCACCUCGCCGUGACUCUCUCCGCCCUGGCCAACCCCGUUGCGGCACUCAUGACGCUGAUGCUUCCGCGCUGCAAGGUGGCUCUGACGCUCAUGGGAUUUGUGGGGUCCCUCCUUGCUGCCUACAUCUUGGCCACCGCAGUCCUCAGCCCUCACCCCCCACUCAUGGGCACCACCGCGGGCGAGGCCCUUGUGGUGUUGUCGUGGGUGCUCUUCACGGGACUCAUGAGCUAUGUGAGGGUGGAGAUCGCUAACCAGAUGCGGGAGGAAGGGCAGAGUGCGUUGUUCUGGUGUGGCGCCGUGACACAGGUGGGCUCCGCCAUUGGUGCUGUCGUCAUGUUUGUGCUGGUUAACAUGUACUUCUUCUUCACGCCCUACAUACCGUGUUGAGGGCCUGCCGCCAAUCCACUGUACAUUGCAUGCUAGAAGUGUAUGCUUUAUAUCAGGAAGAUUCCUCCACAAUGCAAUUAUGUUAUUUUAGUGUGUGUGUGUGUGUGUGUGUGUGUGUGUGUGUGUGUGUGUGUGUGUGUAUGUUGUCUCGGCACGAAUCAUGUGCGUGCGUUGAGUGUACAAGUGAACUAACUGAGGCUAAUAUUACACAUAUAUGUGUAAUAUUAUGUAUAUAUAUGUACGUAUGUAUGUAUGUAUGUAAGUAGGUACGAGUAGUUAUGUUGGUACUCUGUAUAGGUACCAGAUUUAUAUUUAAGCUAUAUUUAUGUUGCAAUAUAGUUAUUAUAUCCUUUAUAUUUUAUUAAGAAUAAAAUAUUCUAUACAUA